UUGUUGUGUGUCAUAAACAUGGAGGCUGAACAUACAGGAGGUAUUUUAGAAGGUAGUGAAGGCGUUGGUAUUGAUAUUAUAAAUGCUGAAGUUGUAAUUGUUCAACAAGAAAAUGUCAAUAUAAUGGACAUAACAGUGGAAACUCCACAAAAUGUGGAACAAGUAGAGUUGGUAGAAGAGAUGCCUGGCCCUUUGGCAAAGAAAAGGAAGAAAAACGAAAGAGCAUGGAAGAAAACUGUUGCAAAAGUUGCUAGACACCGCCCGAAGGGAUUUCCACAGAUGCCUAGUUGUAAACAUUCGGCCAAAAGUAAGUACCGCUGCGCAGAACUUUCCCUGCAGGAUGUUAGAAAGAUACAUCAGCAAUACUAUAAAAGACGCUGA